AUGGAUUUGACCCCUGAAGAAACCAACCUCAUCGAAAUCGCAAGAACAACAAUCAAUACUAUCCCUAAAUCAGACAACCACAGCGUAGCCAGCGCAGCCCUCUCAUCCAACGGCCAAGUUUUCACCGGCGUGAACGUGUUUCACUUCACAGGCGGACCAUGUGCCGAGCUCGUGGUCAUUGGUGUGGCUGCUAGUGUUGGGACUCCUCGUCUAUCGCAUAUCGUUGCUGUUGGGGAAGACGGCGGCGAUGGAGUUAUUCUCAAUCCAUGUGGUCGGUGUCGACAAGUGCUGCAUGAUUUGCAUCCUGGGAUUAGGACUAUCGUGCAGAAGGGUGGAAAGGUGAAAUCCGUUACGAUUGAAGAGUUGUUGCCUUAUUCUUAUGAGAUUAGGGAGUAA